AAAUAGUUUAAGUUACAAUGAAACUAUCGGCAGUAUUUGGUAUUUUUGAUGCGUAAAUUAUAAAAAAAAUAUCAAUUGAAGUGUAUAUUAGAACGAUAAAAUUGAUCAAAAUGACGAAUCAGUUUUUUGAUGUCGAUUACACCUUAAAACGAUUGCGAGACAUGGAUACAUUAGAUACUGAUACAAUCAAAUUAUCAUGGAUAUUUUAUGGUAACAUAGUUUUUUGUACUUGUGUCAUUAUUAGUGAACUAUUUUUGAACGAACAAUUUUUCACAUCGUUUUUCUUGUACAUUUACCAAAGUAUUCUAUUGAGUUUUCACGCAAACGAAUAUGCUAUUGCAUUGGCAAUGAUCGAAAAAAAAUUCAAAAGCAUCAACAAUAAGUUUUUGAAAUUGAAGCAUUCCAUAAAUGCACACCUACAAAGUGGCAGUCUCAGAAAAUUUAGCGUGCGUAAGAAGUAUAUUGUUGAAGUAAUUGCGUUGAAACGCUGUCAUGCGAAGCUGUAUGACUUGUGUUCAAAAAUUUCAAAUUUCUAUUCUUUUGGAAUGCUGUUCAUUAUACCGCGCUGUGUUGCAUGUAUAAUUAUAUACAUUUAUGACUUGUUAAUACCCUUUAUCAAAUAUUAUAUGUUUUCAAAUUUGAUUCUACGACGAGCGAGUCAGUAUGCGUGGAUUUCGAUGACAUUGUUCUCAAUAUUGAUUGUUGCUAUGAUGGCAACUGAAAUUCAAAAACAGAUAAAAAAGACUGGUAUUAUCAUUCAAGAAAUUUUACACGAAUGUUUAAUGAGCCCAGAAAUAAGAAAUGAAUUUAAAAUUUUUUCACUCGAAUUGCUGCAUCAAAAUUUUCAAUUUACUGCUUAUAAUAUUAUCCCAGUUGAUUGUUCGGUCUUAAGAAUGAUUUUUGGCGCAAUAGCAACUUAUUUGAUCAUAUUUAUUCAAUUUCAAGUUGAUAAAACAAAAAAUUGAAUUUCGAAAUAGAAAAAGCUGAGAAAUAUUAUAGCGGUAUGCUUCUGAAUAACUUUUUCGACAAUCGGUGUAAAUAUUUUAGAACACAUCGCAUUUUUGAUGAACUGAUGCAACGAAAAGUCAGUGGGCUGCAUUAAAAAUUACACCAGCAGCAAUCGAUUUAUUUCAACCAGACACCUCACCCUGAUUAAACAACUGAAUUCGAUCGAAUUAAACAGAAUUAAAUUUUUAAUUCUAUUUAAUUCAGAUAAAUUCUGUUAAUUCGGUACCUAACUUAAAAAUGAAUUCUGUCUAAUUCGGCUGGAAAACCAGAAUUUGUCCAAAUUAAAACGAAUUUAAAUAAUUUUAAUCGGUUUAAUUCUGAUUAAUUCGAAAAUAAUUCUCGAAUUUCCGGUUCUGAAUCCGAAUUAAACUGAAUUAUAACGAAUUUGAAAUUUUUAAAUCGGUUUUAUUCUGUUCAAUUCAAAUUCAAAUUUUCAACUCAGUUGAAUUCUGUUUUGCAGAAUUCGACAGAACAUAACAGAAUUAAAAUUUUUAAUUCGGUCGAAUUCAGUUGUUUAAUCAGGGCAGGCUGCGAAUUUUUGAUUGGUUGUUUCGCACCUCAAAAUGCAGUGAAUGAACACUUGUUAAAUUCGAUUUAUAUACUUAAUAAUCUUUGUUUCGUAUUCUUAAUACUGAAUAAAAGCACGAAAUAAAAUAUUAGUAAUUAUAGACU